AUGAAUUCAACAAGGCAGCGGGGCUUUUCUGACCAACCACCUGCUUCAUUGUUAUCAUCAUCAUCUGUAAGAAAUAAUAUCAACAAGGAAUGUAAUAAUAACAACAACAACAUCAUCCUCACAUCACCAAAUGUACAACUACUAAAUAAUAAUAAUUUAGAAAUUUUUAAUAACAAUUCUAAUAAUGAAUUAUUAUCAACUCAUCAACAGAGUGGCGAUCCGAGGAGGAGAAGUGUGAGUGAUUCAAGCAUACCAAAUACUAGUUUGAAUAUCACCACCAUGAUUAAUAAUGAUCACAUCAAUGCCGACAUCAAGUUUUAUCCUCCAACUUCUCCGUCAUCAUCCACAACGACUAAUCAUUUAUUGUUCAACAACAAUGUACCACCUCCACCCAUUGUCAUUUCUCCAUCAAUAACAGAACCGAAACAACAACCUCAUUCUUCGGCUGAUGAAUGGCUUGUAAUUCCAAUUCUCAUAGUGAGCUCGCUUCCGAAAGAGGUGGAUCAAUUAUUGAGAAAUUAUACAAGUGGAAAACAUUUGAAGAAACAAGCUCCUCCUUGUUGCGUGUCACACCAUGCAGAAGGAAACAAGUCAUUAAGUCACAAAAACAAGUUAAAAUUAGCUCUAAAUAAUGGGUUGAAUACGGCAACAAAUCAAAUUCCAUGGGAUUACAAAAGUCAAUUAGCAACAUCUGAAUUAACACAACAGCAAACAGCAAUAGCAAUGGGAGACAUGUCUCAACAACAACAAUAUAUGUCACCCGAGAGCAAUGAGCAAAAACAACCUAAAAUACCUCUUGUGUAUAAUAAUUACCUCUCUCCGAGAUCAUCACACUCAAGGACGUCUACAUCUUCAAAUAACUCGUCAUCUCCUAACACAGAAGAAGAUGGCCAGACAAAACCUCAGAGAGAUGUUAGCCCUCCUGGAAGUCAUCACCACAACAAACAUCAUUCGUCAGGCAGACCAAAACAUCAUCACCACAAAUCGAAUAGUGGAAAUCUGGGAGUGUCCUUUCAAAUUCCUCAACAAAACCUGGCAGUAGUUUCCCGAUCGGGCUCAAGAAAGAAUGUACAAGCAUCUGCAUCCUCAACAAACGAGGAUUCUAUAUCUGGCAUUCAAAAUAUUCAACAUCACAUUCAACAACAAUUACAUUUACAAGACACUGCAAUUGCAGUUCCUCCUCAACAGCAAAAUGGCGCAACGACAGGUAAAAAGAUAAUACAACCAAUAGCUCAACCAAAAUCUAAAAUAUUAGAUCAAGAUUCGAACAAACUAAAUUAUUAUUUGAGAAAGAACAAACGAGUUACAGAAUGGUAUAUUGAGGAGCAAAGCUUUGACUAUUUAAGGCAUUUGGACGUAUUUUUUGAAAAGAAUGAGGUCAGCCAACUCAGUAGUAUUUCUCAUGACUUGUUAAACACUGGUUUUCAUUUAGAAGAUUUAAUUUCUAUUGAUGAAGAGGAUUUUUUUGAGACCUAUUUGGAGAAAUCAAUAUCACAAGUUCCUGAAAAGAAAAAAAUAAUAUUCCGAGUGUGUCACACAGGUUCUAGACAUGCUUUGUCACUUCGUCAAGCUCUCUACAAACAAAUGUUAUUGGAGCAAAAACAAGAGCAAAACCAAACCAUAGCACCAACAGUGGUUAUUUUUGUAUUUAGUUAUACAAAUUCCUCUUGCUCUCUAGAAAAUACAGCAAUGACAUGGAUGAAAGAAAUCAAUUCUAUCUAUCCCACCUUUUUUUCGCAAGGUAAUUUCAUGCUUGCAGGUCAUAUUGAAUUGAACAAAUCUACGAAACAACAAAUAGCAUUGUUGAGAAGGAAUGUAGAGGAUGCAACGGCCAAUGUUGGUCUAGUUCAAAAACCAAAACAUUAUUAUCACUUUCAUCAAAAGGCAGUUCCACUUUUUCAAAACAAGAAAAAUCAACGUCUCAAUAUUGUGGAAUUUGAUACACGAUUGGGAACAAAUAUUUCCCAAAUAUUUUUCGAAGCUUACCGAUUGUACUGCCUGGAUUUCUUUAGGAAGAGUAUUGUGAAUGCACUAACAAUCAAGUCACCAUCUCCACAAAUUCCAUCUAUUCCUCCUCAUCAUUCAGGUUCUCCAAAUGAGGCUGCAAAUCAUCACGAUUCACAAAGCCCUCCCUUACACACCUCUACUCCCCCUGCUGAAAACAAAUCUUUGCCAGAUGACACUAAAAAGAAGAAGGACAACUUGAAUGUAGAAACAACAGAAUUUCCAUCUCACAUAUCACCACAAUUUGCCUCUCCUCAUACGCAUCAUGACGAAGAUCAUUCAAAGGAAGAGACCAAGACUGGUUUAAUCUCCCCAACAAAUCCUAUUUUACCACCAAAGCAGGAAUCGACUAAAACAGAAAAAACUGCCCUAAGUUUAGGAUUGUUGAAAAUUUUCAAAAAAAACCAAGAAAGAAGAAACCCAAGUCAAGAAACCUACAGUAGAAAAAUUACUAAAAAACCAAAAGAAGAAAAAGAAAAAGGAAGAAGACAUUUUCCGUUGGCAAAAAGUUGCUGA